UUCAGACGUCCGCAUUUUUCGCAGCGCUCUCAGUUCCGAGUGUUCUUCUCAUUCAACUAGGUGUACCUUAAAUGCUAUCCCGUUUUGGGUUAUUGUCGUGUGGUUAGUUGCAUAUCAUCGAUCUGUUAACAGCACUACUUAAUUAUAAACCUUCCAGUAAGGUAACUAUUACCUUUGUUUAGCAGCAGUUAGACGGGGAUUGUUCAACGGUGAAUCAUUCAGUACGAGUUGCUUCGAAAUAGGAAGUUCUGUCCCGUCAUUGUGCAAUAUUCGUUGUGUGACGUGUUGUAUUUAUUUUCUGCUUUUUCGUUCGCCCAGAAGCAAGGACAGCGUGUUUGUAAGACAUUUUUGACAGUGGAGUGACAACGAUUGGCAGCUCAGUUGGGAGUGUAUGUAAAUAGUGCAGGGGAGUUAACUUCCGAUCAGUGCUAUUUUCUGUGACCAACCAUUUACGGUGACAAACCGUGCAGAAAGAGUGGGUGCUGUGCGUAUUCACCGUGCGAGUUGGAGAAGCCUGGAAAGAAAAAGUUUACGGAGAAAGGUGAAAAGAAAUACCAUUCGGUCUCGGAUAGCAUAGCGCGAGAAAAACAUCACGAGUGUGUGGAUUACAUUCGAUUUGGUGAAACUCUUGCUGACGUAAUUCGGAUAUCUGUGCCUCUCGUCAUCUCGACACCAUCGCCAAAUAUCAGCUGAAUCUCCGGCCGCGACGGGAUUGCAGAGGGCUUCCUCAAUUGGGACAACGAUUACCGUCUGCGUUCUCGGACGGGCAGCCAGAAGAGAGAAAAAAAAGAGGACCAGACACACAAUCAGCGGACCACGACGACGGAGUGUUUUAGUUUGCUUCGAAGCAGAGGAUGAGUCGCGAGUUGAUCUCGCGGAUCGCAACGACGACGACGACAGCAAGUUUUGUGUGAUCAAAUUGCAAUACCGGAAAACGUGAUAUUUGAAAAUUCAUUUCAAGCAUAAAAGUGAGUGUGGUGGGGAUCAAAAAGUAAUAUCGAAAAGAAAAAGUGUGAAUAAUCUACGUUUGUUUUCGAGCGGAUCGGAGGAAUCUACAGGAGUAAUAACCUGUACCGUUGGAUAAGUGUUGGUGUUGUUAUUUUUGUUUGCAAUUAAGCCCAAAAAAGGGAGCGCUUGACAAGAGUAAAUUAGAAUCUAGGCUAGAUUCGCCCAAUCAUUCAUCUCAUUCGGUGUGAACGCUUAUCAACAUUAGUUCGUCCAAAAUGUUUAUCGAGGAGGAUGUCCAGAUGGAAAGUUUCUGGGUGCAGACGGCGAUCGGUGCGAUCAAAAUCAUCGCCAUGGUAUACGACAUCAUCACGUUCCCGGUAUAUCUGGUGCUGCAGCGACCCUGGAAGCGAAGAGACCUCGCCAAACGGCAAAAGGCCAAAAUCAUCCAGCGAGAUGCCACAUCGAUCACAUACCGUGGCGUGGACGAGCCCGGCGAGAUGCACGUCAAGAUGAUGCAGAACAACAUCGACACCCUGGAACGGAUGUUCGAGUUUGUGACCAAAGUGCACAGCACCAAGCGAUGCAUUGGCACGCGCAAAAUCAUCAGCGAGGAGGAUGAAAUGCAGCCGAACGGGCGGGUUUUCAAAAAGUUCAACAUGGGCGAGUACAUGUGGAGGACCUUCAUCGAGACGGAGUACGCGGCCGCUUGCUUCGGUCGGGGGCUGCGGGAACUGGGCCAACAGCCGCGCCAAAACAUUGUGAUCUUUGCUGAAACGCGCGCCGAAUGGUUGAUCGCCGCUCACGGCUGCUUCAAGCAGAACAUGCCACUGGUCACGAUCUACGCCACGCUCGGCGAUGAUGGUAUCGCUCACGGUAUCAAUGAGACGGAGGUUACGACGGUUAUCACCUCGCACGAGCUGCUGCCUAAGUUCAAGCAGGUACUGAAAAUCACCCCCAACGUGAAGAAAAUCAUCUUCAUGGAAGAUCAGCUGCACAAAACGGACAUCACCGGGUUCAAGGAGGGUGUGGAAAUCAUUCCGUUCUCGACGGUGGUCGAAAAGGGCGAGAAAAGCAAAAUGCCUGGAUGUUCUCCAACGCCCGACGAUACCGCGAUCAUCAUGUACACGUCCGGCUCAACCGGCACUCCGAAGGGUGUACUGCUAUCGCAUGCCAACUGCAUCGGCACCAUGAAGAACUUCUGCGACAUCUUCAAGAUCUACCCGGAUGAUGUGCUGAUCGGAUUCUUACCACUGGCUCACGUGUUCGAACUGUUGGCCGAAAGUGUCUGCUUACUGACCGGUGUUCCAAUCGGAUACUCCACCGCACUGACGUUGAUUGAUUCCAGCUCCAAGAUCAUGAAGGGCUCCAAGGGUGAUGCUUCGGUGCUGAAACCGACGUGCAUGACGUCCGUCCCGCUCAUUCUUGAUCGCAUCUCAAAAGGAAUCAACGCGAAGGUGAACGCCGAGGCACCGAUGAAGAAAGCUUUCUUCAAGUUUGCCUACCAGUACAAAUCAAAAUGGGUUGCUCGUGGAUAUCAGACGCCAUUUUUGGACAAAAUUCUAUUCAAGAAGAUUGCCAAACUGCUAGGAGGACGCAUCCGUGGUGUUAUGUCCGGUGGUGCUCCGUUGGCUGCCGAUACUCACGAACAAAUUCAACUGUGUUUGUGUGUCGAAAUGAUUCAAGGCUAUGGGCUAACAGAAACAACCGCCGGGGCAGCCGUUACUGAUAAAUUCUCCAUGGAAUACAGCGUGGUAGGGGCCCCGUCGUCCUGCAACUACAUCCGGCUUAUUAACUGGGAGGAAGGAAACUAUCGCGUGACGAACAAACCGUACCCGCAGGGUGAGAUCGUGGUUGGUGGAACGACCGUCUCGAAGGGAUACUACAAAUUGCCAGGAAAAACUGAGGAGGAAUUCUUCGAGGAAGAUGGCCAACGGUGGUUCCGCACCGGGGACGUCGGCGAAGUGCAUCACGAUGGUGUUCUCAAGAUUAUCGAUCGUAAGAAGGAUUUGGUUAAGCUGCAGGCCGGCGAAUACGUAUCUCUCGGUAAAGUGGAAUCGGAACUGAAGACCUGCCCGGUGGUGGAAAACAUUUGCGUUUACGGUGACUCGACGAAGCAGCACACGGUGGCGUUGAUCGUACCGAACCCGCAGCAUCUGGACGAGAUUGCCGAACGGCAAGGGCUGAAGGGUAUGGAGUUCGAGGAGCUGUGCACGUCGCCGGUCAUGGAGAAGGCUGUUGUGCACGAACUGGCGGAACACGGCAAGAAAUGUAAACUGCACCGCUUCGAGAUUCCAACUGUGGUAACCCUGUGCAAGGACAUCUGGACCCCGGACAUGGGCCUGGUGACGGCGGCCUUCAAGCUCAAGCGCAAGGACAUCCAGGAACGGUACAAGAACGAAAUCAGCCGGAUGUACGCGUCGUAGAUCCUUCGUUCGUCCCCCACCAGUAUCCUAGUAAGCUGUGCAGCGAGAUUUCCUCGUCCCCUCCAGUGUACGAACGUACGCGUGUGUGCGCUAGUGUGCGAACGACCUCGCAAUUAGAAUUCCAGCACCACCACGAUCAACAACAGCACCACCACUACCCAAGCUCAUCACCAUCAACCACGCGCUGCUGCGGCGCGGUCAGUUCCGGAUCUGUGCAUUUGUGAAGCUGACGCCUCGUAUCCAGAGGGUAACAACUGCAGCAGAAUCGGCAUCGACUAUCAUUUAUCGUACCCUCCCCCCCAAUGUGAUCAUUUCGCUUCAACUCAUCUUCAUCCCAGUGUGAUGAAUCAGUGUACUCUAGACCAUUUGACUAACCAAUUCCCCGGAAAGAUUCCGGUGUAAAUUCGAUGUUAUGUACAGGAGAGUAGUGAGAAGAUGUUUGACAAAGUUUGUCAAAUUUGUUGCCCGUAUUACCUUAUUGUUAGGUCAAAAUUAUAUUCGAAUAUUGUUUUCCUGUUUAUUGUUCUCUUUUCUCGUUCAUGUUUCGUCCGCACACAUACGAGCAAGAAUAAAAACACAAAUGUGAAUAACACUGCUACAGAA